GCCGACUCGGCCGUGCUGGAGCUGCCGGGGAAAGUCGGCUGGGGGCCAACCAUGGGCGGCCUCGUCCUGGCGAGGUCACUCGAGGUCUUCAGCCGCAUUCUGGCACUCAACGUGCUGCAAGCGUCGCUGCGGGGCUUUCCGCUGCUGCGAUUCGCCGGCUUGGGAGCAGUUGCACUCGCUUUCCUCGCGGCUUGCCUGGCCUUCCCGGACGCCUCCUGGGCCGACCGCGCAGCCCCUCGGCUCGGCCCGGCAGCUGCAAGCGCAGCUGCAAGAGCAGCUGCAAGACAGAUCCUGGAGCCGAAUUCCCUGCUAAAAUUGCGGCUGCUCGGCGGUCGACUUCGGGUAGAAUUCGAGCUGGGGGAGGGCGGGAUGCAGAGAGCUGCAGAGGCGCUGCGUCGCGGGACGUAUUCAUGCAUGAUCCACGUCGUGCUGGUGGCUGCUGCCGGAGGAGGGCAGUUGCUGCUGCGGACGAGCACGGUCCUGCCGGAUAUGCUGCUGAUUGCGUGGCUCGUGCCGGGCUUGACUUGUCCAAGUCAAGGUCGGGUCGUGAGCUUCGUCAGCUGGGCAGCGCUUGGCCUCCUCAGCUGGCUCGGCCACCACGUGGAGCAGCCACGCUUUGCGGCUUUGGCGUCAGGCGACGAGCCGGUCAUAGCCUACUCGACCUUGCUGGCUGGCUUCCCCAGCCCGGACGGCCAGGUGCCCAAGGCGGUCCUGGCAGCAAUGCAGGGCAAGUUCGCCGUCGACUUGACGACAGACGCCGCGGCCCGCGGCUUGACGCAGCAGGGCCUUGAGAGGAUCCUCGCGUCCACCGGUGAUGCUAUCCACUUCGAUGGCGAGGUGGUUGAGAGGCUGGCCAUCAACAGGAUGGCGGUGGUGGAGGGCUUGGCGACGUCGCAUCCUACCACUCUGCACCUCCCUGACUUCUUCGUCCCAGCGGACUCUUGGGAGCGCUUGGGCGCGAGCCUGGACAGCGACCGCCUGCGGAAGGUGGACCUCGAAGGGUGCUUCUGGUCUUCUGGCGCGGGCUCCAAGGCGCUGCUGGCCGGGCUGGCGCGGUGCCGGAAGCUGCAGGACCUGGCCAUGGACAAUUGCCGCAAAGUCCCGGGCGAGGCCUGGGCGGAGCUCCGAGCCGCGGAGUGGCCGGAGCUCCGGAAGGCCAACUUUAUUGGGCGCCUCGGCCCUGAGAGCUGGCGGGUCGGAGGGUUGAUGGGUGGAGGGGAGAGAGAGAGAGAGAGAGAGAGACCGUAG